AUGACGUUCAACGGACUAGUCGGACAGUUACAAAGAAACGAGGUGGACAUGGUUGUUGCUGAUUUAGCGGUCACUAGGGACCGGGAACAGGUGAUCGACUUCACCUACCCGUUCCACUUUGGAUACUCCACCGUUCUGCUCAGGCGGAGUGACCCUGAACAGUAUCGAUGGAGGAAACUUCUUGACCCUUUUAAGUGGCAGGUGAUCGCGACGAUAGGAGUAGCAUUGGUCGCCUCCUCUGUGGUAAUUCUCCUCCUUGAGCGAAACAACCUUAACUACCGCAAGCGGUCUUCAGCAACUCCUGUCAGAUACCACUGCGCGUUCCACUCAUACAUCGGGACCAUCUCUGCCUUAUAUGCCAGUCUUCUCAAUGAAGCUGUGGUUGGGACGCCCCAGUCAACGACGGGUCGGUCAUUUUUAAGCGCUUGGUGGCUGCUGUCGAUAGUAGUGUCCGCCACCUACUGUGGCAAUCUGAUCGCCUUCCUCACUGUUACUAAGGAGAAGAUGCCAUUUGACACGCUUGCUCAGAUGGCUGACGUCGGAGGCCAGCAGUGGGGAACAAUAGGCGGCACGCUCUGGGAGGAUAUUUUCAUGGUGACGUUUCAUGGCAGACCAUUCGACGAAGAAGGAGGGCUAUACUACUCGUCCUGGUCUCAUGUUGAAGUUUAA